CCACAGGAGUUUGCUGUGUUGACUAAAGAGCUGAACAUUUGCCGGGAGCAGCUUCUUGAGAGGGAGGAGGAAAUUGCUGAGCUGAAAGCGGAGAGAAACAACACACGUUUAUUGCUCGAACACCUGGAGUGUCUAGUGUCUCGCCACGAGCGCAGUCUGAGAAUGACGGUGGUCAAGAGGCAAGCCCAGUCCCCUGCUGGGGUCUCCAGUGAGGUGGAGGUCCUCAAGGCCCUCAAAUCUCUGUUUGAACAUCACAAAGCCUUGGAUGAGAAGGUCCGAGAGAGGCUCCGUGUGGCCCUCGAGAGGGUAUCCAUGUUAGAAGAUCAACUUGCAGCAUCAUCUCAAGAGGUAAUCUCUUUAAGAGACCAAAUUAAAAGACGUCAACAAGGGGUGGACGGCGGGAAAGAUCGGCUACCCAAUGGUCCAUCAGCUGGCCUGGAAGACGGGGAGCUUGAAAGACAGAGAGAAGGAGAGAUAGAGCGACAGAGAGCCGAACUCUCCCAGCUGAGGGAGAGGCUGGCUCUCAUGUGCCGGCAGGUUGGAGAAAUAGAAGAACAGCUUGCUGCCGCCAGGAGGGAGGUGACGAAAACAGAAGAGGCCAAUCAGAAGCUCCAAAGGGAAGUGAAAGAGGCUCUUUGCCAAAGAGAAGACAUGGAAGAAAGAAUUACAACACUAGAACGAAGGUAUCUCAGUGCCCAGCGGGAGGCGACCUCCCUCCACGACAUCAAAGACAAGUUGGAAAAUGAUCUGGCAAGCAAGGAGUCCCUGUACAGACAAAGUGAGGAGAAGAACAGGCAACUGCAGGAGCGUUUGGAUGAGGCCAAACAGAAGCUCCAACAGACCCUGCAGAGGGCAGAGACACUGCCUGAAAUUGAAGCCCAGCUUGCUCAAAGAGUGGCUGCUCUGAACAAGGCAGAAGAGCGCCAUGGAAACUUUGAGGAGCGACUACGGCAAAUGGAGGCCCAACUGGAGGAGAAGAACCAAGAGCUUCAAAGGGCGAGACAGAGGGAGAAGAUGAAUGAUGAACACAACAAACGCCUCUCAGAUACGGUGGAUAAGCUUCUGUCUGAGUCCAAUGAGAGACUUCAGCUUCACCUCAAAGAGAGGAUGGCAGCACUCGAAGAGAAGAAUGCUCUUUCAGAGGAGUUGUCCAACAUGAAGAAAAUCCAAGAUGACCUUAUUGCCAAUAAGGAGCAGCUACUUGCAGAGUUGGAACGAGUCCAACUGGAGCUGGAUCAGCUGAGAGGCAGGCCUGGAUCUUCCUACUCCAGGGCGGGCAGCGUGAGUUCACUUCCCUCCACCCUUUUUCGAAGAUCUCUUCCAGGGAGUGCCUCAGAGCUGCGGUACCCUCAGGGUAGCGGCUCACUCCCUGCCGGCUACAGCAGCUCUUCAGGCGCUGUGGUGGUCAGACGGGCGCAUCGCGGCCGGUGGGGACCUCCGAGAGAUGAUAGCAACAAGUAUGGUGAGUGGGACAGUGGUACCAUGCUAGGUCCUGGGUAUGAGGGCGGUGUGGAGGGAGGUUGCUCUGAUGACGAGGAGGACAGGGAGACUCUGUUUGGAUCUGAGCUGCUCUCUCCCAGUGGACAGACAGAUGUACAGACGUUGGCCAUCAUGCUUCAGGAGCAACUGGAGGCCAUCAAUAAGGAGAUUAAGUUAAUUCAGGAGGAAAAGGAGAGCACGGAGCUGAAGGCAGAGGAGAUUGAGAGUCGGGUCAGCAGCGUGGCCCUUGAUGCCUCAUCCCUUCCACCAUCCUCACUGGGAGGGCGAGACAGUGUUGGAAGAGGCUACAUGACUCCCUCCAUCACAUCCUCCACACUUGCAUCUCCUUCGCCUCCCAGUUCGGGGCAUUCCACCCCCCGCCUACCACAUUCACCUGCCAGGGAGACGGAGAGACAGAAUAGCAAAGAGGGUGAAGAAUGCAAGGCACUCGCCCUCAUCGACUCAACCCCUCCACCUGUUCCUCGAGCUUUACGAUUGGACCGAAUGACUCACACACACCCAGGAGCAGGCCUCGACGACCACCGUGAAUUCCGCAGUCUUUCUGCUGAUGGCUCCACCACUGCUAGCCAGGAUUCCCUUCACAAAGCCAGCAAAAAGAAAAGCAUCAAGUCCUCUAUUGGACGUCUCUUUGGCAAAAAGGAAAAGGGAAGAAUUGGUGCACCUGGACGCGAAUCUGCCUCACUGGCCUCUACUCCAUCCGAUGACCUUGGUUCAGCUGACCCAUUGGGAUUGGCAAAAAUCGGGACUGGAACAGUAGAAAAAGAUCGCCGCAGCAAAAAGAAGCACGACUUAUUAGAGGAAGCUUGUCGUCAGGGUCUUCCUUUCGCCUCAUGGGAUGGUCCCACUGUCGUAACAUGGCUCGAGCUGUGGGUCGGGAUGCCUGCUUGGUAUGUGGCAGCCUGCCGGGCCAACGUGAAGAGCGGCGCCAUCAUGGCCAACCUGUCGGACACAGAGAUUCAAAGAGAGAUCGGUAUCAGUAACCCUCUGCACAGGCUCAAACUCCGUCUGGCCAUUCAGGAAAUGGUUUCUCUCACGAGUCCGUCGGCGCCUGCGAGCACCCGCUCUUCAACCAGUAAUAUCUGGAUGACCCACGCUGAGAUGGAGUCCCUCGCUGCCGCCACCAAACCAGAGCAGAAGGAGUUCAGCUGGGAUCAGAUUCUGGCCUAUGGAGACAUGAACCAUGAGUGGGUGGGGAAUGAAUGGCUGCCCAGUCUGGGUCUGCCUCAGUACCGCUCCUACUUCAUGGAGUCACUGGUGGAUGCCCGAAUGCUCGAUCACCUCACCAAGAAGGAGCUGAGGGGUCAGCUGAAGAUGGUGGACAGUUUCCACAGAGUGAGUCUUCAUUAUGGUAUCAUGUGCUUGAAGCGUUUGAACUACGACCGGAAAGAGCUGGAAAGGAGGAGAGAGGAGAGUCAGCAUCAGAACCAAGAUGUGAUGGUUUGGUCCAACGAGCGGGUGAUGUGCUGGGUGCAGUCCAUCGGUCUGAAAGAGUUUGCAGACAACCUGUUAGAAAGUGCGGUCCACGGGGCCCUCUUGGCACUGGAYGACACUUUCGACUACACCGACUUGGCCCUCCUUCUUCAGAUACCAAACCAGAACACACAGGCGAGGCAGCUCCUGGAGAAGGAGUAUAAUGCUCUCAUCUCCAUGGGAACAGAAAGGAGGCCUGAUGAGGACGGCACGAAAACGUUCACGAGGUCACCAUCUUGGAGGAAGAUGUUCCGGGAGAAGGACCUCCGCGGCGUGACCUCUGACUCCUCAGAAACAUUACCUGCCAAUUUCCGUGCCUCCGCCAUCUCGACUCCYUCUGUCACUCUGAGAAAAGUCCAGAGUGAAGCAAACUCUGGUCCGAGAGGAGAGUCGGGUUCUGUGAGAACAUAUUCCUGCUAAAGAUAAGCACAUUGGAACUUCCCCUUUUACCCAAUCCUGGAAAAAAAAUAAAAAAAUUUGAAGAAAAGAAAAUACUAAAGAAGAAAAGCAAAAAUGGACACUAGAAGACGACCAACAGCAUUCAAGCCACGUGUCCCAAAAUAAUCAAAGACACUGAGUGAAUGAUUUCUGAAAAAGAUGAUAAAAUAAAGAGUGAAUGUCUGUUAAUGCAUCAGUUUCUCUCUCUCUCUCUCUCUCUCUCUCUCUCUCUCUCUCUCUCUCUCUCUCUCUCUCGAUCCAUAGUUGUGGCAUGACGCUGUUCGAUUCUGUAGAAAGUGACCAUGUUGUGAAUUCAUCUUCUGUUUCUGAGUUUGAGAUGGCAAUAUCGACACACUGUAUUCAUAGUUUUGAAAAUGGAAAAACAAAACAAAAACAAAGAAAACAUGCAUUCCUGUUCAGAUCAAGAGAGUUCUACAAACGUUUUCAGUCAAUGUAGCUCUGAUUAAGACAGAGAAUGGGAAGUAUUUCAUUUUAAAAAAAAAAAUCCCGAAACAAAAGGAGACAGUCGGCUGUAAUGGAAGUUCAGAGAGUACAGAGAUGUUUGUUCUUAAGCCAUAACAGAGCUGAGGAUGCACAAGUGUGAAUAGGACCAAUGAUAAAAUAGCUGGCAAAGUGCUUUAUGAUAAACUCCUGUCCAAACUGAGUGGGAGGGGGGGAAAGGAUUAUAGUUAGGGAGCAUUUGUGUUAAUAUGCAUGCCAAAAAUCAACCAUUCUAGAGUGAACUUCAUGAUAUCAAUCAUCUAAAGAUGUGAACGCUCGGGUCAGGACUUUGUAAAACGUGUGCAUUUUAUUUUUAUCAUUUUUAUGAUAACUGCUAUUGUAUGUAUGUAUGUACAGUGUAUGUGUGUAUUAAACCGUAUGUUCAUUUCAUACUUAGCUUAAAGACUGACUGUAAUUUCAUUUGACAAAUGUUUUCAUUUAUGAACAUUUACGAUAUGCUAACUGUAUGUGUACAUUUUGGGGGAUAAAAAAAUAAUUGUGCUCAGAUUUUGAAUUCAUAUUAUUGGAGAGUAGUGAUGAUAUUUGAAUAUAAUACGAUAACAAUAAUGAUGCUAAUGAUUGUAAAAGCUGUAAUUAAAAAAAAACAUAUACCUGUAA